AGCAGGUGAUGUAUUCUCAGCAAACUUCCGACAAUAAUAUUGACAAGAGAGCGUCUUUUUUGUACUCGGCUUGGAGUGCUUUGCUCGAUGAAUCAAUGAAACGCAAAGGCCGUAAGUUGCCGCGAGGUGCAAAAGGGAGGAGACCUAAUAUUAAUGUGCCGAAAGCCCCUCACUUGGAGAAUUGCAAGCUGAGUGAACAACUCAACAAGAAACUGGAUAAGCGUGUUGCAAAUGGGAGCUUUCCUCCAUGGACGCUGUGGAAGGGACUCUUAGAUACUUACCCGUCUUCGACAUCUAGCAAGCGGCUCAAGUCUGAUGGUGCUUAUCCUCCGUGGAUAACGGGAUCAGAUGAAGAAAAUUAUCCCUUGACUAGGGAAGUACAACGAGACAUAUGGAUUCAUCAGCACCCUCCGAACUGCAGCGAUCCUAAUGUGAAAUUUCUUGUAGUUGAAUUUGAUACGGUGAAAAGAAUAGGUAUGGGAGCUCAGUUGGCUGGAAUGUGUGGAUUUCUUGCUAUUGCUAUCAAUGAAAAAAGGGUCCUCGUUACGACCCGCUUUAAUCGGGCAGACCAUACCGGGUGUAGAGGGCCGUUACGUUCUAGUUGGUCUUGUUACUUCUUGCCAGAAACAACCCAAGAAUGCCGAGAACGGGCAUGGAAGUUAGUGAAGGAAAAAAAAGCAUGGGAAGAAGGAAUCAUAACAGCAAGGCGCAACUAUACAACACCGCAAGUAUGGCAUGCAGAGGCUCCUAGGGCGUGGGGCGAGCCUUGGAAAUAUUUGCAGCCUACAAUUGAUGUAAACGGAACACUGAUUGCUUCUCAUGGCAGAAUGGGUACAAGGUGGUGGCGAGCCCAGGGAGUCCGCUACCUAAUGAGAUUUCAGACUGAGUAUACUUGCAACUUGCUAAACGCUGAACGUCAUUCGGCUUUUGGACAGGAAGCUGCUAAAUUGGUUCUUGCAACAACCGCUAAAGAAUGGCCGCAGGAAGUUACAGAAGAACCUCAGUCUGAGAUAGAACGAUUUGUAUGGUCCAAUCACAAACCGUGGAUGCCUAGGCCAUAUAUAAGCAUGCAUGUGAGGAUGGGCGAUAAAGCAAGCGAAAUGAAGGUAGUUGGAUUUGAAGAAUAUAUGAUUCUUGCUGAACGCACAAGAAAGCGCUUCCCACAUGUUCACAACAUCUUGGUAUCCACUGAGAUGCAGGAGGUCAUUGAUAAAUUGGGAUCAUACCCACAUUGGAAUUUCUACUACACAAACGUGACACGACAGGUGGGGAACACAUCAAUGGCUGAUUACACAGCAAGUCUAGGCCGGAAAACCAGCACGAAUUACCCUCUGGUCAAUUUCUUGUUGGCUGCCGAAUCAGACUUCUUCAUCGGAGCCUUGGGUUCCACUUGGUCCUAUCUUAUAGACGGAAUGAGGAACACAGGAGGAAAAGUUAUGGCCGGCUACUUAAGUGUCAACAUGGAUCGGUAUUGGUAGCUAAAGAGUAAGUAAAUACAUAAAGCUCACGGCUGUCCAUCCCAUGGAUAGGUAAAUUUCGGUUUGUCAGUUAUUUUCUGUAUAUGGGUACGUAUAUCCAUUUUUGUUCAGUGUUCUGUAUUUAGCAAACCAAAUGCACAUAUAAUAUCUCCUGUCAAUAUUGUUGAUAUGUAUUUGUACUUUGUACUUCAAUAAUAAACUGGCGAUUAUAAAUGUGUAGUUUGAGUGUCUACUUCACAUUCCCUAGCUAAUCAUCACGAAAAAAUCUAUUGCGCGGAUGGAAUUUGAAAGUGAAAACUAAACCAAAUAGAGCACAAGCCAUGCCUUCUGAUCAGCAUUUCCAGAACUGCAAUAGUAACAUUCGCUCUUUACGUGCACUAGUAAUCUA